AUGUGCCGCAUUAUCAAUCCUUCUGAAGCUUUCUUUAUGCCACCAACUGGAACUGAUACUCCGUUCCUAGCGUCUCCUGUACUUGAAUCCUUGUGCCCCCUCUAUUCGUCCAAGGCAGCUGAAGUCCAAACACGUCCAACAACCAAGACGGUGUUACCCCUGCGAUCAGGUCUUCAAUUCAUGCUGAGCUCUGAAGGCGUACAGUUUUUGGACCUUGCUUUUGUUGAAGAGGUUAAAGCACGAGUUGCCGAGCUAAUAAGCACAGCCACGUCCUCCGAUGUUUUCAGCAACAAUGCGCGCCUGGCUCAGAAAACAUUGAAGUUUCGAAGCAUCAUGCAGCACACGCAAACUAGCGAUAUGGCUAUCGCUGCUCUUUAA